CACGCCAGCAACAUCAAAUUACAAAUGGCGGCCGCGUGACGGAUGAGGUCGAUGUCGAGAGGAUGCACUUGCAAUGUUUUAAUUAGUGUAAAAUUGCAGUGUUUACGCACACUACACUAGCCAGGAUUAUGGUAUAUAAGUAAGAAGCAAGUGGCAGUAUUCAAACAAUAUUUCUAGUCUAAAAAGUUUCUACGCAAAAAAGAGUGAAAAAGUAUUAAAAUUGUACUUAAUUAUAUUUAUAUAUUUUACAAAUAUCUGUGAUAGACAAUUUUGGACCGUGCAAUUUUUACAAGCGUUUGCCAAAGAGAAUGGUGUUAGUUUUUAGUUUAUGAUUGUCUGUGGAGUUUCGUAAAUGGAACAGAAGAUGGCGCUGCCGCCGCAACAGUUCUGCGUCAGGUGGAACUCUUACCACACAAACUUACAGGCGGUAUUCCCACGACUGCUCCUCACCGAGCAAUUCGCGGAUGUCACCCUCGCCUGCGAGUCCAGACAGCUGAGAUGCCACAAGCUGGUGCUCUCCGCCUGCUCCGCCUACCUAGAGCGGCUCCUGCUUAACAACCCCUGCAAGCACCCCAUAGUGCUCAUGAGGGACAUGAGGUUCAGCGAAAUGCAAGCGUUGGUGGACUUCAUGUAUAAGGGAGAGGUGAAUGUCACCCAAGAAGAGCUGCCGAGCCUUCUGAAGAGUGCAGAGGCGCUGCAGAUCCGGGGUUUAUGCUCGAGCGACAGCAGCGGCUUGGCCUCCGAGCUGAACAAGCCAGAGCGAGACAGCAAAGAUUAUACCGUCGCCACCGAGGCCCUAGUUGCGCACGCGCAGCGUGAAGCUACUACCAACGGUCCCCCCGCCCCCCCUCAACCGCAAACCCCCACCAACGGUCCGAUCCACACCAAGAAACGCAAGCAAGAUGAAGCGGAAGUCAAAGAGGAAACUGUCGAAGAGGACGGAUUAUACUAUGGCGAGUUGGACCACGAAAACAUGGAAUACAAUGAGGACGAGGAAUCAGGCAAACCCGGCAGCAGUCUAGGACAACCGUCAGGUCGCCAAAACUACCUCCGCGUAAAACCCGAAAGCGAGCUAUUCUUUCAAACGAAGCUCCAAAAUCUGGCCAAAGCCAACUCCGAGUACAUCAAUAGACUCUCCAAAAUGAACGCAACAGAAAUACGACAGGAGUUCACCAAAUACGGCUUCCAAGAGGAGCCGAAAGAUAAAACUGAAAACGACUAUUACAAGUCCUGGUUGGAACAGAACGGGGAGUUAGAAGUAUCCCUCCUCAAAUGCGGUCAGAAAAAGCCGAAGCCAGAUUACAGAAACCAAAAAUCUGAAGUAGAACUGAUUCCCAAGCCGAAGGAAGCUAAAGAUUUCCCUAAGAUUCUUGAAAAACAGAUCCGCAGGAGAGGGCGGCCCCCGAUUUUUAAAGAUAGGAACGUCGAUAUAGGGGAGACUGUGCUGAAAUCAGAUUUGGAUCAAUUCUUGGAAGGGAAAGAAGUUAGUUCGUCUGGGUUGUCUAGGAAAGAUUUGGAAAGGGUGAUGAUGGGCAAAUUUAAUCCGAACCGGCGGUAUUCGAAUGAGGCCAUGUGGGCUGCACUUAUGGAUGUCAAGAAAGGAGGGAGUAUUUACAGAGCCGCGCAGACCCACAAGGUCCCUCGCAAGUCGCUCCGCAACUGGAUGAAGCGGUGCCACAUCAAAUCCUCCUUCCCCAUGCCGCAGCAGCUCAAGCAGUUCGUAGAAAACAGCAAGAAGCAGAAGGAAGAGAAAUUCGAGUUCCCUCUUGAAAAAUUCGAAGAAAAAAGUGGAGAAGAUUAUGAGGAAACGGAUUUUGGAAAGCAUUUUUUGAGCUUUCCAGGAGUCUCCAGUGAUGAUGAUAGGGAGAAGAAAGAUGAUUCUGCUAUCGAUAUGACCGUGCAUGAGUAGGAUAGCUAUAGUCAGUCAAAAUAUUGCUAGAUUGGACUUUUACAACGGUGAAUACAGAUAAAUUAUUUAAGUCAAAGAAACCUGCUAAAACACUAAUGUGUUUUUUAUUGAAUGCAGCUUUUUACAAAUGGCUUAAAAUACCUGUUUGUUUACUUGUUUGGAGCGUCGCUAGCAAUUUUUGCAUUGUUGAAAGUCAUGGGCAAAGUUGUCGUUUAUACAUAGUAGGUAACUUUGCCCACCAUUUUUAUUUAAUGGACGCCAAGUUGUGCUGUAGAUGCUAUCUAAUGCUGAGGGGUUAUGCAAGAGCAUAUAUUUUUGAAAGCUUGCACUAGUAGUUAUUGCCCACAAGCGGUCCAAAUUGGGCAUGAUUGGAUAAGGUCUGAAAAAUCAGAUCUAAAAAUUGCAUGGCCAUUUUAGAAAAUUGGAUUAAUAUAUAAAGUGAGGUGUAUACGACCUUUUUAAAAUUUAACUGCCAAAGAAUAAGCAAAGAUUUCAUUAUAUUAUUUUAAAUAAAUAAAAAUUAUAAUCUAAUUCCUAAUUCCAAAGAAAACAUACUUACCCCGCAAUGAAAACCCAAAGAGUUACUUUUACCCAAUUCUGCCAGUGGAGUUUCCUUUUAAGGGUAACUUUUGAAAAGGGUAAAUCUGAGGCAUAUUUUAUUUAUUUUAAUUUUAAUAUAACAUUAAGCGCGCAAUUUUAUCACUUAAAAAAAAACAUUUUAUUUGUUAAAAUUGUGAUUAGAAUUAAUUAAUUAUAAAAUUUAAAUUUAAUGAAAUUGGCCUUUGAGAAAAACUUAAAUGAGUGCUUGUUCGGACAACGUCCAAUAACAAUGAAAAGACUUAAAAUGAAAUUAGAAUAGAGUUAAGGGACAGCCCUGGGACUGGUUUUAGGGUUGUCAAAAAUAUCUGAACACUUAGAAAAGCCUUUCAAGACAUUUUUGCUGAAUAGGGAUAGAGACAUGUUAAAAAACGUUGCCUUAUUAGUUUUGGCUAUAUUGGAAUUGGAGUAAAUAAUCAUUAUAUGUACCGUGAAAGUAUAAAACUUUGCCCUUUAACUUAACUUUACCCACCGCGUCACAGUUCAUAAAAGCGCUUAGCACAGUAUUUCGGUAUUACUGAAUUGUGACUUGAUGGGCAAAGUUAUGUUAAUGAGCAAAGUUGUAUACAUCUACGGUAAAUGUCAUUUGAGCAUAGUUUUGCCCAACCAUAGCCAUUUUUCUACACUAUGGUUGUUGACCAAAUGGGGAGAUUUAGCAGCAAAAUCAUGAUGAAUUUGUAAUUUUUACUCAAUAUGAUGCCAAAUUGCAUUAAAUUACUACUAAAUAUUUUUUGUAACCCUAAAAUCAUAAAUGCGUGUUUCAAAAUUACGAACGGCUUAAAACUAUUACAAUAAAUUGUAAUUUAUUUGUGUUUUAAUGAAUAAUGUACUUAAUAUUAUUAUUUCCAUUGUGGCUUGAACGUUAGGUUUUAAACGAAUACUUUUCGGUAGAAUACUUGUUUCUUUUACGUACAAUAUAACGCGGAAUCGAAAAGAAAAAUAAAAAAUAUCUGAGAAAUACGACUUUUGGUUAAAAUUAAACGAAACUUUUAGUUUAAUUCUCGAUUAAAUGUUUAGUCAAACUAUUCGACUAAAAAACGUUAGUAGAAGAUAUGGAAUAUAUUUUAGAUUUGUUAUGGCCGUCUGUUGUACGUAAAAGAAUGUUGCUACUUAGUUCAAGUACUUUGGCCAAAUAAAAUCACUAUCACUAUCAAACAUUAUAAUGUACAUCGCCAUCAGAUAUAUCGGAGCGGCCAAGGUGUUCACAAUAUCUGAACACGCACUCUAACGCCCUGACAAUAGAGGCGUGUUCAGAUAUUUGUGAGCGCCUUAGUCGCUCCGAUAUAUCUGAUGGCGACUGUACAUAUAUAGACAGACCUCCAAUUUGAUAAGAGUCCGUCUAAGCUAAUUUUGUCAUUAUGAGUGUCAUUAUGAAAGUCACAUUUUCCUAGAAAUUUUACAUUAAUGAUGACAUUUCCUCACUUUGUCAUUGAAAAUGCCAUGCGGAUUUAACUUGGCCCGACUCUAGACAUAUUAUUAUUUGGUAAGUCUAUAAAAUAAAAUAAAGAUAUGCUAAAAUGUAAAGCCAAUAUUUCUUUUAGCAUAUUUUGAAAUAGCGAUUUUAGUGGCCUUAGUGCAUCUUUAUGUUCCUAAUUUCCAGAUAGUUAUAUUAAAUAUAAUGCCUUAGUUUUGUUUCUGAAUAAUUUGUUUUAUAUGGACACUUUUAUAUUUGCAAUGAUGCUGAACUACGCAGAGGGCCUACCGCGAAAAUCUUUAUCUGCGUUUAUCGCACGAAUAUGGAAGAGUGAUAGAGAGACAGAUAACGAAUUUCGAUUUUAUUUUUUUACUGUAAACCCCCUGUUCUAUAAUAUGUCACUCAAUUAUAUUUAAUUUUCUUACUAUCUCUUUCCUUACAUCGUUCAUUUGACCUGUAAUCUUUUAGACAGAUAUGAUCUUCGAAAAUUUUAUGAAAUAAGAAGGUACUGAUCUGAAUAUUACUUAUAAUUACUAUGUAUUAUCUAUUCUGACGAACAUUUAGACAGUAUAUGACUGACAAAAAUAAUUAACACUCGCUGUAUUGCAAAUAUAAAAUUGCCCAAAUCCAUGAAGUGCCUACUAGUGUAUAACUAAAUAUACAUAAUAUAUAGUAUGUAAGUGCUACUGUAGAUAUAUACUAUUAUUGUAUACUGAACUUAAUAAUAAUAAAUAAGAAUCGUUUUGUCUUUAAAGUGAAAUUAUUUGUUGCUGGAUAAAAAAUAAGGCCUAAAAAUAAAUAUCAUGACUGAUUGUAUAGUACCUAAUUACCUAUGCUCUAUUACUGUUAUUUUUCAUUCUCAAAAUCUGAUAAAAAAUAAAACCGCGUGUAAAAUAUAGGUUGAAUAACCGGUACUGGGCAAAGUUGCAUUUGUACAAACGUCUUACAAAUUGCAACUUUGCCCACUUGUACAAAUGUUGUACAAUCAAUACAUGCGUCCCAUCCCAUACCGUACUGGUUGCAUAGAUUGCAAUCUAGUAGUUAUUUGUAUUUGCUUGGGUAAUACAUACUGCAAUUUUAGAAGACACUUUUACUGGCAACAAGUUAUUUAUCUUUGGAGACUAAUCGGUUCCCUUUUAGAUUAAUAUAAUGACGUGAAUUUAUAUGAAAAUAAACAUUGUUUGGUUUAUAUAAUAAUGUCAUCAUUAAUCUAAUGUUUUGUCAUCGUAUUAAAUGUUGUAAGCAGUAUUAGUUUCAUUUUGUAAAUGUUGCUGCUUGUUCUAUCGAGUGCAAAAGUAUGUAUACACUUAUUACAUGUUUUCAAAAAUAAUAAUACACGUUUUUGAAUUCGGUCACCCAAUGCACACACACAUUGAAGACGCUUGUUGAUGCUCCUCGUUAAAAAACGAAACUUCUUUCAAAUUAUUUUUUAUAAUUGCGAUCAUAAGUAUUAACUUCACAGACCCGUUCUAAAAUACUUAAUAUGUUCGAGUUAAUAAUUUAUUAAAAUAUGAAUGAAGAAAUACAAGUAACUGAAGAGGCAAAGUGUAUUGUAUUACUGUAUACAUAUUUUUGUUCUUGAUUGUCCAUUUAUUGACAGUGCGUACAUUUUCCAUGUAUGAUUGUGUUGUCGUUAUGUUUUUGCUUAGUUGAGAUUGUACUUAACUGGUGAUUCGGACACGGCUUUGGAAGUUAAUCAUUAUAUUUUUUGGUUCUUUUUCAUUGUUUUGAUCACCGAAGAAUAGUUUACUUUUUAAUGUAAUUUAAGUAGUAAUGAUUCUUUUUUAGGUUCGUAAAAGUAUAAAACUGCCCUUUAACAUAACUUUGCCAACCGCAUCACAGUUCAGUAAAAGCGAAAUGUAGUUACAGAUACACUUUCUUGUUUUUCUUCAAAAUGUAUCUGUAACUAAUUUUAACUGAUUUCGCUUUUACUGAACUGUGACGCGGUGGGCAAAGUUAUGUCAAACGGCAAAGUUUUAUACUUUUACGGUACCUAAUUAUCAUUUGGCAUUAUUUAUUAUAAAAGUCUGUCACGGCUUAAUAUGCCGUUGACAAUCUUUAUGCUAAUCUCUCAUUUUGUCAUUUGUGUUUGUUAAAAAGAAACAAAAUUGAAUAGAACUUUGCGAUUUUUUAUAAAUAAAUGUAUUAUUAUGUUAACUUCCACAACUAUGACCGCUUCACCAAAUUCUCUAUCUUAUUAUUAUUAUUGUUUUAAUAAAGCGAGUGUUUAGAUUAUAGAGACAUAUUGUUAUAAAAAUGAUUUUCUGAUAUUUAUGUUUAUUAAAUAGAUGCGUCAAUCUCGUGUGUCGUUUCGUUAUCUCUGUAUUUAAUGAAAAACAAUAUGUCCGCCCGUUGAAUUUAUAUUGAUAAAUACAGGCAAAUUGAAUAAGGAAGUCUGUUUUUAGUAAAUCUAAAGAUUUAAAUAAUUGAAGGGAUGUUUACAAAAACAACAUAACUGACUACACUGGUUGAAACCUGAAACAAUCAACAAUGUUCUUAAAAAAGUGUCAACCGCUCUAAGCAGUUGUGUUGUUUUUGUAAACAUCCCUUCAAUUAAUAUAGCGAAAAUAAAAGAUUGAACUUGACUUUAGGUACAUGAGAAAUAAAAUAUUUCGAAUACCUAACCAGUACUAUAUUAUAAUAAUUCAUCAUUCGCUUGCACUUGUCCCAUUCACUUGGGGUCGGCGCAGCAUGUCAUUCUCUUCCACACCUCUCUGUCGCCCGUCAUUUCAUCAUUCACUUGCGUUCGUUUCAUAUCAUCUCUCACACAGUCCAUCCACCUUUUCCUCGGUUUUCCUUUCCCUGUACUUCCCUCCACAUUCAUUCGUAAUACCUUUCUCGUCACAUGACUUUCAUCCCUCCGCAUCACAUGCCCGUACCACGCUACGCGAUUUGCCCUUACUUUUUCUGUUAUAGUGUACUAUUACUAUAGUGUAAUAUUAGUGUACUAUAGUGUAAUAUUGUCAUACAAUUUCAUUAUGUUUUGUUCUGGUUUACUAAAAAUGGACUACUUUAUUCAAUUUGCAUGUGUAAUAUUCGUAUUAUUAUAUACUAUCUAUUAUAUGGAAAUGAUUGUACCAGUUUUGCUAUAUUACGGGAGUUAUUAAAUAAACUUAUAUAAAAUUAAA